AAACCAAAACCCCUGAUAAAUCCUUCUCGCCGUGUCUGCUUUCUUUGUCUGAUAUUACCUGGCCAUUCCUUUCUUGGCAUCCUGUCAUAAUUACCUUCCCUCUCCUAUACCAAACCCCACAAACCCUAACAAACAACACAUACGUCUCCUUAAUUCUCAUUUAUCUCUCUCGAAGCAGUUUUCAAGGUUGGAAAAGAUGCACGCCAAGACGGACUCGGAUGGAACCAGUCUUGACAACUCAUGGCUACCAAGGUCACCAAGAAGGCCGAUAUACUACGUUCAGAGUCCAUCAAACCAUGACCCGGAGAAAAUGUCUUAUGGAUCAAGCCCGACCGUGUCACCAGCACACCUUUACUACCACAGUUCACCAAUUCACCAUUCUCGCGAGUCUUCUGCGUCAAUAUUCUCCAAUUCACUCAAGAUCCCAAGAAGUUUAUCUGCGUGGAAACAUAUAAGGAUUGGUGACCAAGAUGGUGCUGUUCAAGAAGGUGCUGAGGGUGAUAAGGAUGGUGAUGAUUGGGGGAGUGGUGCACGUAAUGUGAGACUGUAUUUCAUUGGGUUCUUGUUCUUUGUUCUGCUGUUCACUGUCUUUUGUUUGAUCUUGUGGGGUGCCAGUAAGGCUUACGAGCCUGAGAUUUCAGUCAAGAGCAUGGUGUUCGAGAAUUUUUAUGUUCAGGCAGGGAAUGAUCAAUCGGGAGUGCCAACAGAUAUGCUGUCCUUGAAUUCUACGGUCAAGAUUCAUUACAAAAACCCUGCUACCUUUUUUGCCGUCCAUGUCACCUCAACCCCUCUGGAGAUACACUAUUUCCAGCUGAAACUUGCCUCUGGACAGAUGAAGAAGUUUUCUCAAUCGAGGAAGAGCAAGAGGACGGUGGCAACGGUGGUGCAUGGUUCGCAAGUUCCCCUAUAUGGAGGGCUGCCCCUUCUCUCUAAUGCUAGAGCGCAUGGUAACAAAGUUGCCCUGCCUCUGAACCUGACAUUUGUCUUGAGGUCCAGGGCCUACAUUUUGGGAAGACUGGUGAAGUCAAAGUUUCAUAAGCGUGUUAGAUGCACUGUUGCUCUUACUGGCCAGAAACUCGGCAAGCCCCACAGGUUGACAAAUGCAUGUGUUUAUCACUGAAUGAUGCACAGCUGCAAGGGGUAUAUGUUCGGUUCAUUCUUUUGCCAUCCACAGUGCUGUUAUCUUCUUCAUUUCAUUUCAUUUGGUCUUGAAGAACUGGGAGAUGUAUGCAAUGUAAAUUUCAGUACCACAUUGUGACAAAUGUUUAGAACAUAAAAUUGGAGCUAAUCCUUUAAGGGGUUUUGAUGGUUUUGCAGU